AGUGGGAUCUCGUGUGUGAUCGAACAAACCUUGACGCUCUUGCUAAUUCUCUAUAUUUUGCUGGUGUUUUUCUCGGAUCUCUUAUCAUUGGACCGAUGAUGGACUGCAGGUUUGGAAGAAAACUCACGAUACUUAUAGCCGCUAUAUUAUACAUUGCGACAGGAAUAGCAGGUUCUUGUGCGUCAUCUUAUGAGAUGUACAUUUUUCUUCGUGUCGCCGUCGCUAUGUGUGGAAUCCCCUGUUUUGGUAGCAUAUUUCACAUAUGCCAACGAAAUAGCCGGUAAGAAAUCAAGAAAGGUUGUUGGCGGGUUCACUCAACUCGUAACUGCAACUGCCCAUGUUAUCCUUCCAUGCUUCGCGUAUCUAGUACAGGACUGGAGAUACCUUGGCAUUAUGAUAUCACUGUUUUCUGCUCCAUACCUUAUAAUAUUUUUCUUCAUGCCACGAACUCCAAGAUGGCUUCUUACACACGGAAAAGAAAACGAAGCAAAAGAAGUGUUAGAUAGAUUUGCAAAAAGCAAAAAUACAUCCCUUAAAAAAGAAGAUUGGAAUUGUCUUGUUAGAACUGAAAAGGAACUUCUUGGCUCUGAAUCUGUGUUAAAGAAAAUCGUCCUCACCGAUUUUUAUAGACGCCCGUUCAUGCGUGUUGUAUCUUUGAUCGUGAUCUAUCUAUGGUUUGUAGCGAGCAUGGUGUUUUAUGGCCUCGUACUAAACGUUGGGAAAUUAGCAGGAGAUCCUUACAUAAAUCGGGUGUUGAACGGAAUUUUUGAACUUCUUGCAUAUUUUCUAUACAUACCUCCUAUUCACUACUUUGGAUUAAGACGAUCAACUUGUGCUAGUUACAAUCUAGCGGGUUUAUGCUGUCUGGGAACAAUGAUAUUUGCACUUGCUGCGAAUGGAAAUUCAGUUCUUUUGCAAAUUAGUCGGUGGAUCGGCAUUUUGGGUAAAUUUUUUGCAACUCUGGCUUUUGCAAUAAUUUACCAAUACACCGCAGAAAUUUAUCCAACAAUCGCCAGGUAAUAUACGUAGAUGAGAUUACAAUUAGUUC